AUGGAGAAAAUCUCCCCCUUCCACACAGCGUACUACCAGAUGGCGAGAGCCCUCCGGAUGGACACUACCACGCAUACUCCCCCUCUGUCUCGUCCCGACGGCUCUAUUGACUUCGAGGACGAAGAAAAGGCUGAGUGCUUCGCCGACAGCGUCGCCGCUCUAUGCUCUCCCAGCUCACAACCCACUGACCCCCUACACAUCAAACUAGUGGAGGACGAGAACGGUGUUAAACUAGCCCUCUUCGCAGAUGACACAGCCCUUUACUCUAAAGGCAACUCACUGCCACAUAUUCGGAACAAGAUCCAAAAGUCAGUUAACUACUUAGGAGCUUGGUUCAAAAAAUGGCGUAUCGACGUAAACCCUGAGAAAAGCUCCGCCGUUUGCUUCGAAUAUAAACGAAGCCGUCUCACCACCACUCCGCCGAUCAGGAUGUUAGGAACCCCUGUCCCAUGGCAAACAAAAGCCAAAUAUUUAGGCGUCGCGCUUGAUGCAAUGCUCACUUUUGAGCUCCAUAUCAAGAAGGUAACUCGCACCGCACGAUUUUACAUGGGUAGGCUCAACAGCAUGUUGGACAGACAAAGUAAAACGUCCCUCCACAACAAGCGAACCCUAUAUAAGGUCUGCAUACGACCUAUCAUGACCUACGUGGCUCCCAUUUUCGCACAUGCUAAGCCCAAAGUUAUAAAUGAACUUCAAAUAGUUCAAUAUCUAUUCUGUCGUAGGGUCACUAACUCGCCCUAUUAUGUCCGUAAUGCCGACCUUCACCGAGACUUAGAGCUCCCAACAAUCCAGCAGUUCCUUAAGUCACUCUCUGAGAGAUUUUUCAAAGCCUCAGAGUCCCACCCAAAUGAUCUCAUUCGUGAGACAGAUGACUAUGCAGCCCCUAUCCACACUCCCUAUAGUGUGCGCAGACCGAGAAACUCUCUCUCGGACCCACCCAACAAGCUUUUGGCUGACCUGAACUGCCUCCUGGCGGCUCAGGCUAAGCCAACAUAA